GUGUCAAAUUGGUUUGCUAAUGCUAGACGUCGGCUGAAGAACACUGUUCGUCAGCCAGAUUUAAGCUGGGCCUUAAGAAUAAAGUUAUACAACAAGUACGUGCAGGGCAAUGCCGAGCGGCUCAGCGUGAGCAGCGACGACUCCUGCUCUGAAGAUGGAGAGAAUCCCCCAAGAAAUCACAUGACUGAAGCAGGCUACAGCACCCCUGCCCAUCACACUGUGAUUAAAGGGGAGAGCUCGGUGAUAAAAGCUGGAGUGAGAUCAGAGUCAAGGGCAGCCGAGGACUAUGUGUCACCUCCCAAGUACAAGAGCAGCUUGUUGAACCGUUACCUUAACGACUCUUUGAGGCAUGUCAUGGCCACAAGCACUGCCAUGAUGGGGAAAACAAGGCAAAGGAACCAUUCAGGAUCUUUUAGCUCCAAUGAAUUUGAGGAAGAGCUGGUGUCUCCAUCAUCAUCAGAAACUGAAGGCAACUUUGUCUACCGCACAGACACUCUGGACAUUGGAUCGAAUAAAGGUGACAGUGCAGCUAACAGAAGGGGCCCAAGCAAGGAUGACACGUACUGGAAAGAGAUCAAUGCAGCCAUGGCCUUAACAAACCUCGCCCAGGGGAAGGACGAAGUGCAGGGGACAACCAGUUGCAUCAUCCAGAAGUCUUCCCACAUAGCAGAAGUGAAGACAGUCAAGCUGCCUCUGCCACAACGCUUCUAGCUUCUAGCGUGGCCAGGGGUCGCUGAGCAUGUCAGUGUUUUGCUUUGUUUUUUACCUAAAUCCUCAUCCUAAGAGCCAAAGCAGGGGUGAAGAGGACUCCCAUCCAAACCUCCUAAGUUCAGCUAUCCUAAAUAUAUCAGUUGCUUCUAUAAAAAGACACAUAAAUUAUAAAAAUCAUUUUAAUCAGAAAUAUUAACUUAUUUUAUGUUACAGAAACUAUGCAUAAAGCAUUUGCAUUACCAUUACAGUAAGUGCCUUGCUUCCCUGAGAUAAGCUCCAACGUGGGCACAGUGGAGAGCUGUGCCUCAAACAGCCGAUGCCGACACUUGCUAGACCGCAUCAUUCCAAACUGGUGCAGGACCGAAGCCAGAAUCGCUGAAAGCCCUUGAAAUAAAUUCAGUCAUUCACACGUUAAAACUUGGAAAUCUGUUCAGCCCAGAUGAAGUGCUUUUGCGCCCCACCCCCUUCCCAGUAAUGCCUAUGGGACUGGAAAUUGUUCUUUGUACUUUCCAGGGUAACAGUGAGAAUUUUAUGUGUGGGUUUUGUUUGUGUAUCUGAUAUGUUAGCAGCUGCCAAAAUAGAAGGUGCAGCCUGUAUGUGAUGUUAACGGCUCACGUGAUGUAUAUGUUUAAGAAAGGACACUUCCAAACCAGUAUUUACAGCACACUGUAAUCACAAAUUAUUUUCCCGAGCACUGUGGAAAACAUCCCAAUGCCCUUUACAACUAAUUUGGAUUUUUCUUUUUCUGAAGUUUUGCAAAGAGCCUUAUUAUAUAAAUCACUGAUUUUUUUCCUGUGUAAACUAAACCUAUAGUUUAGUUUUAAGACCUAAUCUUGUUUGCAUUGGAGUUCAGUGUUCCUUUGUGAAGGAAGCUGGCUUCCAUACAGAGUAACUAAAAGCUUUUAUUUGGUUCAUUUCAAGUCACAAUUCUGAUGGGCAAUUUGUAUUGCAAUGAGAACAAGAAAAUGAAGGGAAAAUAUCUGUAUGUGGAUAUACAUAUACGUGCAGAAAAUUGAUUUUUUAAAUUUAAAACAUAUGGGAAACAAAACAUGAACAGUCUCUGGUUUGUGCCAAGUAGAACAUUCAAGUAAAAAUUAAGUGAACUCUUACAUUGAAAGAAAGAACAUUUUGUUUCUAAAUGACACUGCCACUGAGUGAGAAUAAUCACUAUCAAGGAAGAAGUGUCUCUUUCAUCUAACAAUAACAUCCUACCCAGCUUGGAAAGACUUGAAACCUAAAGAAAUUGGAGACGCCGAGUAAGACAAAGCAAAUGUUUAAUGGCAAAGUGAAACGACUGGGCUAUUUUGGGAUGGGAUUUUUUUUUCUGGGUAUGUAAUCUAUUUUGUAAUUUUUUUUAGACUGGAAAGCAUUUUUGCAAGUGUGAAUGCCAUCCAAUAGUGCAGCAUGUGCUGACAUUUUUCUUUAUUUUACAAAAUGCUUUUAAAAGCCAAAGGUUGCUCUGGUUGCUGAGUGGACAUGGCUGUCUUGACGGCCAUCGUAGGACACUUUUUCAUGUAUCAUAGCAUUGUGGGGUGGGGGUUAUCUAGUGUAAUGAAGAUAAUUUGAUAUGGAAAUAUUUUGUAUGUAUAUUUUUACUUUGUUUUCUUAAGUGCGGUCUUCAGUGACAGGAAGCCCAGGGUGAGACUUGCACAUGAUGACUGUGUGAAUAGAUGGGGUAUUGGGUUCUUCUGUUACACCCUCGAUACUUUGAAAUCCAGGGUGCGAAGUGGAGAUCACCACAGCUCUGCCCAGAUGUGAGCGUAGCAGCAAAAACAAGGACGAAUACUUCACUCUUUUUCAUACUAUUAUAAGUUAUUCUGGUAUUAAAUAUUUUAAUAAAAGUGUUUUUGUUUUA